ACCGUAGGGCUUCUGGGUAGUUCUUUAUGCAAAUUACCAACCGCACUGAGGACCUCUGCCUGGGCUGUCCUCGGCAGUGCCUGAAAGAACGCGGCCGCGGCGCGGGCAGCCCGCGGGGGUCCUGGCACUGCGGCGCAUGCGUGGUGCCGCUCCAGGUGGCAUCCUUGCCACCCCCUCCCCCUUCCCCAAGCUACCGGGUCGUUCCUUUUCGCUUCGGGAGCAGCGAUGGAUUUGGCGUCGUGUGCGAAUGGGAGAAGCGGCCGAAGAGCGACCACUGCACGUCCAUCCCUUUGGUGUGCGCCUGGUCCUGCCGCAACCUCAUCGCCUUCACCACCGACCUGCGGAACGAGGAGGAGCGCGAUCUCACCCACAUGGUUCACAUCAUCGACACGGAGCAUCCCUGGGACGUCCAUUCCGUCAACUCCGGCCACGUGGAAGCCAUCACCUGCUUGGAAUGGGAUCAGUCGGGCUCCAGGCUGCUCUCAGCGGAUGCAGACGGCCACAUCAAGUGCUGGAGCAUGACUGACCACCUGGCCAACAGCUGGGAGAACACUGUGGGCAGCAUGGUGGAGGGAGAUCCCGUGGUGGCCCUAUCCUGGCUGCACAAUGGUGUAAAGCUGGCACUGCAUGUGGAGAAGUCUGGAGCAUCCAACUUCGGGGAGAAGUUUUCCAGGGUCAAAUUCUCUCCAUCGCUGACGUUGUUUGGUGGGAAGCCUAUGGAAGGCUGGAUUGCUGUGACCAUCAGUGGGCUGGUGACAGUCUCCCUCCUCAAGCCCAACGGACAGGUGCUGACAUCCACAGAAAGCCUUUGCCGCCUCCGUUGCCGCGUUGCCUUGGCGGAUGUCGCCUUCACUGGUGGGGGAAACAUCGUGGUGGCCACUUCAGAUGGCAGCAGUGCCUCCCCUGUCCAGUUCUACAAAGUCUGCGUGAGCGUGGUGAAUGAGAAAUGCAAGAUAGACACUGAAAUCCUGCCUUCCCUCUUCAUGCGCUGCACCACCGACCCUGCCCGCAAGGACAAGUACCCAGCAAUCACUCACCUGAAAUUCCUUGCUCGGGAUAUGUCAGAACAGGUGUUGCUUUGUGCUUCCAACCAGAACAACAGCAUUGUGGAGUGCUGGUCUCUGCGGAAAGAGGGCUUGCCUGUCAACAACAUCUUCCAGCAGAUCUCUCCUGUGGUUGGAGACAAACAACCCAUGAUCCUGAAAUGGCGAAUUCUUUCUGCCACCAAUGAUCUGGAUCGUGUCUCAGCUGUGGCUCUGCCCAAGUUGCCCAUCUCCCUCACAAACACUGAUCUGAAGGUGGCAAACGACACCAAAUUCUUCCCUGGACUGGGUCUGGCCUUGGCUUUUCACGAUGGCAGCGUCCACAUCGUUCAUCGCCUGUCCCUGCAAAUGAUGGCUGUCUUCCAUGGCUCUUCUUCCCAGCGCCCAGUGGAUGAGCAGACGAUCAAAAGGCAGAGAACUACCGGCCCCCUGGUUCACUUCAAAGCCAUGCAGCUCUCCUGGACGUCUCUGGCCUUGGCUGGCAUUGAUAGCCACGGGAAGCUGAGCAUGCUUCGUAUCUCCCCCUCCAUGGGCCACGUGCUGGACAUGAACACCUCCCUCCGCCACUUGCUGUUCCUGUUGGAGUACUGCAUGGUGACUGGCUACGACUGGUGGGACAUCCUGCUCCACGUCCAGCCCAACAUGGUCCAAAACCUGGUGGAGAAGCUGCAUGAAGAAUACACACGGCAGAGUGCAGCCCUGCAGCAGGUUCUCGCCACACGCAUAGUUGCCAUGAAAGCAUCUCUUUGCAAGCUCUCCUCCAGCACGAUUGCCCGUGUUUGUGACUACCAUGCCAAGCUGUUCCUGAUUGCCAUCAGCUGCACCCUGAAGUCGCUGCUGCGCCCACACUUCCUCAACACCCCAGAUAAGAGUCCUGGGGACCGGCUCACAGAGAUCUGCUCCAAGAUCACAGAUAUAGACAUUGACAAGGUGAUGAUCAACUUAAAGACGGAGGAGUUUGUCCUGGAGAUGAACACACUGCAAUCCCUGCAGCAGCUCAUCCAGUGGGUGGGGGAUUUUGUGCUCUAUCUACUGGCCAGCCUGCCUAACCAGGGCUCUCCUGUGAGGCCAGGCCACAGCUUCCUGCGAGAUGGGCCAUCCCUGGGCAUGUUCAGGGAGCUGAUGGUGGUGAUUCGUAUAUGGGGGCUGCUGAAACCAAGCUGCCUCCCCGUCUACACAGCAACCUCUGACACUCAGGACAGCAUGUCCCUCCUCUUCAGGCUUCUAACCAAACUCUGGCUGUGCUGUCGUGAGGAAAAUCACAUCACAGAGCCAGAUGAUACCCUGAUAGAUGAGUGUUGCCUCCUGCCCAGCCAGUUGCUCAUUCCCAAUAUUGAUUGGUUGCCUAUCAACGAUGGCAUUAUCAGCAAGCUGCAAAACAAACAGCUUGUCAGGCUGCAGUUUGGAAAAGCUCCUGGGCUCAUCGGUCACACUGUCUCUUCCCAGUUUGAUGCCUUUGUAAGGGCUCCUGGUCAGCCCAAAAUCGAUCAUCUGAGAAGGCUUCAUUUAGGAGCGUUCCCAACAGAGGAAUGCAAGUCGUGCACCAGGUGUGGCUGCGUCACGAUGCUGAAAUCUCCAAACAAAGUCACUGCUGUGAAGCAGUGGGAGCAACGCUGGGUCAAAAACUGCCUGUGUGGGGGGCUGUGGAGGAGGAUGCCCCUCAGCUAUUCCUGAGAGCAGCUCCGUGGGGCACAGGGAGAGCAAUGGGUGCCAGGUGGAAGAGCUGGAGGUGCUUUGGGAGCGAGGAGCUGCAGCCCUUGUGAGGCAGCACCCAGCGGUUGGCUGGGAGCACUGAUAUGUUCUUCUUCCAGCUGCAACACUGAAGAUUGAACACUUUGAAGCCCUAAAAAGAAAAGAGGGGAGGAAGGAAAGGGACUUUUGAGGGGCUCCCUUUUAGGCUUUACUCUGUAAAGUUUUCCCAUUGCCACCAAAGGCAAUGACAGCUGGAAGCCAAGGGCCAGGGAGGGGGGGGAAAACCUGCUGCCCUGGUUGUGUCUGUGGGCUGACCAAGCAGAAGGGCUGAGCCCUGCAGGCAGGUGUGAGUGGUGAUGAGGGGCUCUGGGGGUGCACAGAGAAUCUCCAAGGAGAGAGGAGCGAACAUUUGGUUCCUUGUGUUCCUCCUUUGCUGUGGGCUGCUUGGGAAGCGUGGCACAGGUUGGUUGGUUCCUGUUUCCUUCUGCAUCUCCGUGCUUUGAGUGAACUUCAUCACUGUGUUUAUCUGUGUUCUGAUGGGUGCAGGAGAAGGAACAUGAGGUUUGCUGCCUGGAGCGAACCCAGCCAAGUAACUGAGCUCUUUUGUAAAUAAAAGUGCCAUUGAUUUAAUGACAGAAUGUUUGGUUUGUUUGCAGGACUUCAGGCCUCUUUCAUGUGACUUUGGUUGUGCUGUGAGCCCAGGGCUGCUGAUGCAUCAACACAAGAGAAGCAGGAAAGUGGUGUGAAUUGCACCUCUGUUAGGAAAGGAGCUGCAAGCGUUUGCAAAAUGGAAUGGUUUUCAACUUUCCAUCAGAUUAUUAGGGGCAGGAGAGGAGAAAACUUGGGGUAAUGAAGAAUGUUGUAAAUCUGCAGCUUCAGACAAAGCUGCAGUGUGCUGGAGGAAGAGCUUUCCUAGCAUGCAACUCAGCUCGAAAUCUGAGUGCUUUCAGCUGCUCUGUGAGGGUGGUUGGAGCCAAUCUGGGGCUUGGCUGAAUUCCUGCUCAGCUGGAUUUACCUCUGGGUGUCCUCUGAGAGCAUUUAAGGGGAGGACGAUGCCAUUUUUUUAAUAUUCACAUCCCUCUGGGAGUGAGUUUUCAUUUAUUAGUGGAAAAAUUGAGCUGGUGGCGAAGAGCUCAGCCCUCAGCUCUGCUGCUUUUCUGCAGAGCUGGUCUGUGCCUCGCUAUUCUGCUAAUUAAGGACAGUCAGAUGGCUAAUUAGGAAACUACAACUCCUCGUCGAGGUGGUUUUUCCCUGUAAGUAAAACUCAUCAACGUGGGCCCUUGCUCAUCUCCUUUCUCUGGAGGGGCACUUUGGGGUUAUUUAACAUCUGUGGCACACAGAGGAGAGAGCAGUGCUCUGUUCCUGGGCAGCAUCCCACCUUGCCAUGCUGUGGGGCUCACAGGGAGGGCGGCGUGGGGUCCAACCCCCAUGGUUUAUAGGGUCUGUGUGCACUAAAGGAUGGGGUCAGGGAUGAUGGGGAUGAUGUGGGGCCGUCCUG